UUUUCAACUCAUCUUUGGAUCGUGUCGGAAACUUUUAUACUCUUCAUUUGGAGAAUGCCUGCGAAAACAUCUAAGAAAGGAGCGAAGAAAGCUGGAAAGAAGCAGAUAUCUGGUGCUGGUGGAGCAGGAAAGAAAAGACAAAAGAAAAAGAAGCAAAGCUAUUCUAUCUACAUCUACAAAGUGAUGAAACAAGUCCAUCCCGACACUGGCAUCUCGAGCAAGGCCAUGUCCAUCAUGAACUCCUUUGUAAACGACGUGUUUGAGCGCAUAGCUUCUGAAUGUUCUCGUCUGGUUCACUACAGCAAAAAAUCCACCAUUACAUCAAGAGAGGUUCAGACAGCAGUCCGCCUUCUUCUUCCCGGUGAACUUGCAAAGCACGCUGUCAGCGAGGGAACCAAGGCCGUGACAAAGUACACGAGUAGCAAGUAGACAGACCUUGCUUGCAAACAAAACAACGGCUCUUUUAGGAGCCUACCACGUUUACAAUAGUUGAUGGUAUUUAAUGCUCAAAUUUACUGAAUAAAAGAAAAAAAUGAAAUGCGCUGUACAUGUCAUGAAGAAAUUGAAAAGCAACCCGAACUUAGGAGUCCUGCCGCUUGUUUUCCCGCCAAACUUUUUUCUGGCAACUUUACCAACUGAAAU